AGCGUGCCUUGUAUGCACCGUGCAUAACUUCAUUACUCCGACACACACUUUCACAGUGCGAUCUGGACUCUACAUUGAACAGAUUAUCGGACCGGUAUCGUUAAUCAUGGAUUUGAACUACUUGGCGGUUAUGGCUGUGCUCGCUGUGGCGACAAACGCUCCUUUCUCACAAGCUAAACCAAUCAGUCUGGUGGAGAGGUGUUGGUGUCGUUCUACAGUUAACACCGUCCCCCAGCGCAACAUCCGAGAACUGAAGUUCCUGCACACACCCAACUGCCCCUUCCAAGUGAUUGCCAAGCUGAAGAACCACAAGGAGGUUUGUAUCAAUCCCGAGACCAAGUGGCUGCAGCAGUACCUGAAGAACGCCCUCAACAAGAUGAAGACAUCCAAGCAGACCAACUAGAGAGCCUGCAGGAAGACCUACCAACAGACAUGUAACAUGAGACUUGUAGGUUGUAAUACGUAACAUGUACUCUCCCGUCACGCACGCUGAACAGCACUUAUCCUGUCCAUCGCAGAACCAUCCAACCCACGGCUUUCCAAAACCACCACCUCUGUUACCAUCACCACUGGCACCCCUUAUAGACUCCACCCCUGCUAGCGCCAAGUGCAAUUAUAUCUGUGUGAGUGUAUGUUUUUAUCAAUUAUGUAUAUACCAUUUUUUAUUAUCCUAUUUCAUCAGUAAAGUGCAAUUUUUUGUUGCUGUUUUGGCCACCGGCUUCUCUGUCAUUCAGGAGUAAGGACUGAGCUACACAAUAAGGAAGAAUAUAGUUAGCUCGGGGUAGCAGGGUUUGGAACCAAAAUUAUUUUCCAAUCUCUUUGUUCUGAACCACCAUUCUUUUUUGUUUCUUUCCACUUUUCCAAUUGGAAAAACGAAGUUCUGAACCGGUUUGAUGUCACGUUCGUUAUAAGAAUCGGACAAAAGCGCAGCGUGGUAUACGUGCAUUCUUAUAUACUAAAAAGAAUGAACACUGAACAAAAUAACAAAACGAAACGUGAAGCUAUACAAACGAGUGCUGACAGGCAACUACACAUAGAGAAGAUCCCAAAAACACCAAGGGGAAAUGGCUACCUAAAUAUGAUCCCCAAUCAGAGACAACAAUAAUACCAUAGACAUACAAAUCACCUAGACCGAGAAAAACCCUAGACAUACAAAACCCCCUAGACAAGUCAAAAAUUGGCAUACCCACCCCAAUCACAUCCCGACCUAACCAAAAUAUAAAGAAAACAGAUAUCUCAGGUCAGGGCGUGACAGGACCCCCGCCAAAGGUGCAGACUCUCGGCCGCAACAAUGAAACCUAUAGAGCGGGUCCAGGUGGGAAUCUACCCUCGGUGGCGGCUCCGGUUCUGGACGCAGCCCCCCCUCUUUACGCUGAUUCCUCCGCCUUUGUAGAACCGGACCGUGGAUCAUCGCCGGAGGCCCCAGACUGGGGACCGUCGCCGGAGACCCCGGACUGGGGACCAUUGCCGGAAACCCCGGACUGGGGACCAUCGUUGGGAGGUUCCAGACUGUGGCCCGUCGAUAGAGGUUCCGGACUGUGGCCCGUUGUUGGAGGUUCCGGACUAUGGCCCGUCAUUGGAGGUUCCGGACUGUGAAACGGCGUUGGAGGUUCCAGACUGUGAAACGGCGCCGGAAGCUCCGGACUGGGAACUGUCACCGGAAGCUCCGGACUGGGAACUGUCGCCGGAAGCUCCGGACUGGGAACUGUCGCCGGAAGCUCCGGACUGGGAACUGUCGCCGGAAGCUCCGGACUGGGAACUGUCGCCGGAAGUUCUGUUCUGGACUGUGGAGGCGCACUGGAGACCUGACUGGGUGCCCAUUCUAGCCCGGCAAAUGCGAGGAGCUGGAAUAGAGCGCACCGGGCUAUGAAUGCGAACUGGAGACACCGUGCGCAUAACUGCGUAACACGGUCUCUGACCAGUCACACGUUCCCCAUGGUAAGCAUGAGGAGUUGGCUCAGCUCAGGUCUCCAACCUGACUCAGCCAACCUCCCUGUGUGCCACCCCCCAAAAAAAUCUUAUGGGGCUUCCUCUCGUGCUUGUCUCGUUGGUACAACUCCUCGUAAUAUCGCGUUCCUCUUUCGCUGCCUCUAUCUCCUCCUGAGGACGGUGAUACUCCCCAGCCUACGUCCAGGUUCCUGCUCCACCCAAAAUCUCAUCCCAGGUCCAUUCCUCCUGACCACGCUGCUUGGUCCAUUUUUGGUGGGAUCUUCUGUCACGUUCGUUAUUGGACCAAGGCACAGCGUGGUAUGCGUACAUUCUUAUUUAUUAAAAAGAAUGAACACUGAACAAACAAACAAAAUAACAAAAUGAAACGUGACGCUAUACAAACAAGUGCUGACAGGCAACUACACAUAGACAAGAUCCCAAAAACAUGGCUAACUAAAUAUGAUCCCCAAUCAGAGACAACGAUAAACAGCUGCCUCUGAUUGGGAACCAUAUCAGGCCACCAUAGACAUACAAAUCACCUAGACCUACAAAAACUCUAGACAUACAAAAACCCUAGACAAUACAAAAACUAGCGUACCCACCCUAGUCACACCCUGACCUAACCAAAAUAUAAAGAAAACAGAGAUAUCUCAGGUCAGGGCGUGACAUUUGAACCAAAAUAAAGGACUGAUUAAUAUUGUUCCUUUCUGUUCAUUUUUUAACCUGUGAAAUCAACAUAAAAAACAUUUAAUCAAUCAAUCAAAUGUAUUUAUAAAGCCCUUUUUUACAUCAGCAGAUAUCACAACGUGAUUAUACAGAAAUCCAGCCUAAAACCCCAAACAGCAAGCAAUGCAGAAAAUGAAGCACGUUGGCCUGCUCCCUAGAAAGGCAGGAACCUAGGAAGAAACCUAGAGAGGAACCACGCUCUGAAGGGUGGCCAGUCCUCUUCUGGCUGUGUCGGGUGGAGAUUAUAUGAGUACAUGGUCAUUAAGGCCAGAUGGUUCUUCAAGAUGUUCAAAUGUUCAUAGAUGACCAGUAGGGUCAAAUAAUCACCAAUCAGUGUGGAUAGAGCAGGUAAGCUAGUUGUUUACAUGCAUGAUGGACAGACAAGUGUCGCCUAAGGCGCAAAAUGCGACUGAAAUUUUGCAGGUGGGGAGAGAGGGUUGAGGAGGAGGCUUGAAGCGCUGGGAAUCUGCAUGAAAUGCAUUAUCUCUAACUAGGCAUAUAGUAUCCUUAACUAGCAUUGAAAAAGUUUACCAAUUCUCUAGCUAAUUAAAAAUCUCUCUCCCAAUCUUCUGAAUCAAGCUUGUAAUGUCAGUGCAGUAGCCUAUGCUUGGGUGGGGUGAGUGGCAGGUAGCCCAAGCACACACAAUCAUAUAUUUUUGGCUUGCUGGCAGACACUGAAAUAAGUGAAACAGAGAGGGCUUUGCAUAGGCACUUUGUUGUGGGACUAGAAAAAAUGCUUGGAACGUAAAUAACGUUAUUAACCAGUUCCAAUGCUUUUAAAAUAAUGUUUCUGUUUCGGGAACAUAUGGAUCACUUUCGUUCCAGGUUUAGUUUAUGAAUCUUGAUUAUUUUUUUCCACUUUUCAGUUCCCUGAACUGGUUCCAAGCCCUGCUGCUACGUUACCUGCAUUGGCAAAUAUCUCCAAUCUCUAACGUUACGUUACUACAAUAAAGUGACUGGCUUUGAAAUAUUUUUUAAUAAAGGCAAAAUUACAAAAAUUCUACAUUCAAUUUGCAGCAAGUUAGCCAGGUAGUUAGUUAGUAAGUUAGAUUCUUUACAUCAGCUGGAUUUCUCAAGAUGACUGGCUGGAUUGUUCAGGAUUCCCUAAAACAUUAAACAACACAAAUUACAAUUCAUACAAAUGUCAAAUGCCCAUAUAGCAAACUAAAUGUUUAGCUAGUUGGAUAAUGUUAGCUAGUCAGCUAGAUAGCUUGUUAAUAAGUAGGUUUUCGUGAAUUAACUUUGACUUAAAAUAUGCAUAAUCACUUGUCUCUAGAUGAACUAACAUAUUUCUCUGAACUGUACAUUUUUUGCAUGAUUCCGUAUGAAGUAAUCAUGCAUCUCAAUUUCCUUUCUUUGGAGGGCCAACUAUAUAUUUUUUUUAUUCAACUAGGCAAGUCAGUUGAGAACACAUUCUUAUUUAAAAUGACAGCCUACCCGGGAACAGUUAACUGUCUUGUUCAGGGGGAAAACAACAGAUUUCUACCUUGUCAGCUCAGGAAUUUGAUCCAGCAACCUUUCGGUUAUUGGCCCACCACUCUUACCACUAGGCUACCUGCCACCCCAAACUAGAGCGCUGAAAAGGCACUACCACUCCCUUAAAGUUGAAUUGGGACAGCACUGCGACUCGAUGAGGAUCGAGGGAUUGCACAAAAUGGAGGGGGAGGGCUAUAGGGGGGUAUUGGGAACUGCCUAUGUUUACACACAGGAGUGAUUGGACAUCCAGGUCUAGUACCCAAUCAACCAAUACUUUUUGUUUGGUAUCCAGCCAUGCUGCAUGUUGAAGUAUUUUAUAUAAACAGUCUUAAUGUGAAAAAUAGUAUUGAUGUUAUUUUCCGAGCAGCUUCAGAAGAGACACAGAUAUACACAGUUUGCCAAAGUUCAUUGGAGAUUUAGAAUUUCAGUCAGUGACACAUUGGCACUAAAAGUUCCAAGAUAAUUACUCUCUAGUUAGAAUUAUAAUUACAAUGUUGUUGUCAUGUUUGGUGCCAACAGUUGGUUGAUAACUGUGGAACUGUGACUGGCAGUGAGACCAUGUAUGACCCCGUCACUGCAUGUGUGUGUUUGUUUGUGUGUGGGUGUAUGUAUGUGAACGUGUGGGCUGUUUUAGCUGUUAGGGGAACACGGUCAAUGAGCGAUAAUGUGGAAUGAUAUGCUGCUUUUGCAUUUCCGGCUCUCUGAAAAUUCUAGAACAUCUGGAGUCAGAACUCUGCUAAUUGAGCGACCAAUGAGAGGGUAGCGGUCCGUAGCUCCGUCACAGUUCUGGAAACAUUAAAGGAACAGUAUGUCCAGAUUUUAUUAAAGGAACAGUUAACCCAGAUUGUUAAAAUAACAAUACUUACAUAUUUUAUUAAAGGGAUAGCUCAUCCGGAUAGUUCACUCAGAUGACUAAUAACUUUAUAGUUCAGGUUUCCCUUUAAUUCUGACAUUGACCAGAGUACAUUACUGUAUGAAAAUCUCAAACACAUGCAGUGGGUUAACCAAAUCAUGUUUAUUGUCAGCCAGACUACCAUGUAAAUGUUUCAUGAAACAUUAUGGAAUUUAUAAAGUAUCAUAUUUAGCAAACCACACACUAUGAAAAUCAAUGUUAUAGGAAUAUAGAACAAGUCAUAAUCUCAUCAACAGUUGUAGUGUGAUAGUAUUAGUAGCAGUAUAGUAAUAGUAGAGUAGUGCAGGGGGGACUCUUUUUAAUUGGGGGGACUCAGUUGGGGUCUCAACUCACUGUAUAUUUCGAAAUUUGUGCAUUAACAGUCACUCAGCCCAUGUCCGCAAUUUUUAUUUAUUUAUUAUUGCUAAGUUAGUAUGUCAGCCAGCUAUCUAAACUUGUAGUAAGCACGGUCGUAUUACAGACCGGGGUGGGGCCCAUUGAUCAUCAGUUAUCAUACUAAAAACGGCAAACCCUUUUGCAGGAAAUUAGCUGUAAAUCUGUUAAUUCCUCUCCGCCCCACGGCCAAAUAAGUAGAAUUGCAUGAAAUGAGGGUAUGUAGACCCACGAGCCACUAUGUCCCCCCAUGAUGAGUAAAAACAAUGUGUGGCCCCCACCCCCAUCAAAGUUGCCCAUCCCCGAUCUAGUGGAAUACAGUGGCUUGGCUACCUAUUAAUGUCAUAUACUGUAUGUUAUUUUGGAUACCGAUGCACUUUAUGUCCAACAAAUUCAUUAAUUUUCAUUUACAUUUUAGUCAUUUAGUAGACACUCUUACCCAGAGUCGACUUUGGGCAAAAUAAAAUAAAAAACAUCUUUAAACAAUUCAUUGACCAAUGCACCAUCAUACCAGGUCAUUUAAUGCUUGAAAAAACUUGAUAAAUAGAUAUUUGGCUACAGAAGUGCUAUUUCUUACCGACCUCUACAGCUUCCAUCCAAAAACAAAUCCUGUGAAAUUGCGUCAACACAUACUGGAGAAGUUACUGGCUAGCUACAGAGGCUAGCUUAGCUAAUAAACUAGCUAUGUUGGUCGUCGCGCAUGACCAGAAUGAUCCACCAAAGGCACACCCCAUUUCUGUUUAAAAAUUGAGAAAGGGGUGGAGUUGGAACGUUUUUUUGUGCCCAAAGUCGACCUAUAAGAUAGCUGGGUGACACAACCACAUAUCACAGUCAUAGCAACAACAACAACAAAUCCCCCAUUAAAGUAGUUAGCAACAAUACAUAACUUUCUAAUUAAGUUGCUUUCAUGCCAUUGCUAAUCUGAACACCUGCUCUUUUCAUGCAAAUCUUGAUGAAAUAGGUGCUGCUCCUUCAGGGUAACUCACUGCCCAAGCAAAGCUUGAAUAUAAACAGUGAGCAUGCCACCCCAGGUGGCAGGGUAGCCUAGUGGUUAGAGCGGUGUACUAGUAACCAGAAGGUUGCAAGUUCAAAACCCCGAGCUGACAAGGUACAAAUCUGUCAUUCUGCCCCUGAACAGGCAGUUAACCCACUGUUCCUAGGCCGUCAUUGAAAUUAAGAAUUUGUUCUUAACUGACUUGCCUAGUUAAAUAAAGGUAAAAAAAUGUAUGUGUUCUUGCUUUGUCAUUAUGGAUUAUUGUGUGUAGAUUGGGGGGGGGGGGCUCAAUUUUAGAAUAAGGCUGAAUUGUAACAAAAUGUGGAAAAGUCAAGGGGUAUAAAUACUUUCCAAAUGCACAGUGCCUUCAGAAAGUAUUCACGCCCCCUGACUUUUUCCACAUUUUGUUGUGUUAUAAAGUGGGAUUAAAAUUGUCAUGUUUUGUUAACGAUGUACAUAAAAAAACACUAUCUCAGCAGAAGAAAAAAAAUCUACAUUUUGAUCGUAUAAGUAUUCAGUCAAAUCAUGUUAGAAUCACGUUUGGCAGUCAUUACAGCUGUAACUAAAAUGUUUUUGAUCCAUCCUGAGAUCUCCUAUCA